CACUCUUUAAAUAUCUUGGAACUUUGACUACGUUUACGAACAACACUACCUUUAGUGCUCUCCAGCCAGCUGCCAUGCUUAAUAAACUCUUCGAACUCCCAAAAGUCCAUUCUCAAUCCCCACUUCCAUUAUUGCUUUGCCUCUCUUCAUUCUCCAUCAAAACCCAUUUCACAUUCCUCUCAAAAUGUCCAAAUUUCUCUUCUUUCUUCUUCACCUGUUUGUCUUCAUCUCCAGAAAUUUUCUUGUUUUUGCUCUCACUUCACCACAAGAUAUCUCUGCUCUCAAGGCCUUUAAAGCUUCCAUCAAGCCAAGUUCUAUCCCAUCAUGGUCCUGCCUUGCCUCCUGGGACUUCACCACCGACCCAUGUGCCUUACCUCGGCGGACUCACUUCACCUGCGGCGUCACUUGCUCCUCUGACUCAACUCGAGUCACCCAACUCACUCUUGAUCCUGUUGGCUACUCAGGGCAAUUAACCCCACUUGUUUCUCAACUCAGUAAUCUCACUAUUCUUGACCUCUCUGAUAAUAAUUUCUUUGGCCCUAUCCCAUCUUCCAUUUCCUCUCUUUUCAACCUCCAGACCUUGAUUCUCCGUUCCAAUUGGUUCUCUGGCUCACUCCCUGCCUCAAUCACCAACCUUAAAUCCCUCGAAGCUUUGGACAUUUCACAUAAUUCUCUGUCUGGGUAUCUCCCUAAAGCCUUGAAUUCAAUGUCUAGUUUAAGGAGAUUCGAUCUUAGCUACAAUAAGCUGACUGGGUCUUUACCGAAGCUACCUCCAAACUUGCUAGAACUAGCCUUAAAGAGCAAUUCUUUAUCUGGGUCAUUAUCAAAAUGGUCCUUUGACGGGUUAACUCAGUUGGAAGUGGUGGAACUCAGCGAGAACUCGUUAACCGGAGCAGUAGAAUCGUGGUUCCUUGCCUUGCCUGCGCUUCAACAGGUGGAUUUAGCCAAUAAUAGCCUGACAAGCAUCGAGAUCUUAAAGCCUGUAAAUGGCAACAGCGACCUGGUGGCGAUUGAUCUCGGGUUCAACAGAAUCGAGGGAAACGCCCUUGUGAAUUUCUCUGCUUAUCCACUGUUGUCGUCUUUGUCAUUGAGAUACAAUCGGCUACGUGGCACAAUCCCAUUCGAGUACGGUCAGAAGAAGAGUUUGAGAAGGCUGUUCUUGGACGGUAAUUUCUUGAUUGGGAAGCCGCCGUCUGGGUUUUUCUCCGGAGAGGCGCCUGUCACCGGUAGCUUGGGGGAUAAUUGUUUGCAAGGAUGUCCAGGUUCGUCUCAGCUGUGCACGCCUUCACAAAAGCCUAGUUAUAUGUGCAAGCAAGCUUACGGUGGAAGAGGAAAACCAAGCUCAUAGUUUGUCAGAUUUUCUGUUAAUAUUUUUUCUUACCAAGCCAAAAUUUAAAAAAAAAAAAAAAUCUUGUAUUUUAAAGAUUAUAAUUCUUAUAGCAAAUGCGAUAAAUGGGUUGUUGUAAAAUUGCUAGUAGUAUUUCUGUAUCCUGGUUUGAAUAUUACCAAUUAAUAAUUACAGAUCAAAAAAUUAA